AUGGCGUCCCCAGCUACCGUCAUUGUCAAGAACAUUUCCACCUCGACUAGCGAUAGCGAGGUCAAGGACUUCUUUGUCUUUUGUGGCAAGGUCACCGACAUCAAAAUCACCACUUCCGGCGAGACCAAGACGGCAGAGGUCACCUUUGAGAAGGAGACGGCCAUGAAGACGGCUCUCCUCCUGACCAACACCCAGCUCGGCCCCAACCACAUCACCAUCAGCAGCGCCAGCGGCGCCGCGCCCGGCGACGACCCCGCGCAUGACGCCAAGGAGCGCGACUCGGACGAGAUCACGCAGGAGGAGAAGCCGCGCGCGCGCAUCCUGGCCGAGUACCUCGCCCACGGCUACGUCGUCGGCGACGCCGCCAUCGAGCACGCCAUCGAGCUCGACACCAAGCACGGCGUGUCGACGCGCUUCCUCGGCACGAUCCAGAGCCUCGACUCCAAGUACCACGCGACCGACCGCGCGCGCGCCACCGACCAGAGCUACGGCCUGUCGCAAAAGGCCAACCACUUCUUCACCGGCCUCGGCUCGUACUUUGAGAAGGCGAGCGCCACCAACACGGGCCGCAAGAUUGUCAAGUUCUACACGGACGGCUCGCGACAGGUCCAGGACAUCCACACCGAGGCCCGCCGCCUCGCGGACCUCAAGAAGGAGAGCCACGGCGGCAGCGCGUACAAGGCUGCCGGGCUCGAGCGCGUCUUUGGCCAGCAGAAGCCCAAGGAGGAGCCGGCCGUCGGCGCCGCAGCCGGUACUGCUCCUGCCGGUACUGCCCCUCCUCCCGGUGCUACUGGUGCUGCCGCGCCCGCGCCGGCUGACACCAAGACUGGCUAG